CGUUACAAACCGAACCAAGGAGAGCGGCUCGUUUACAACCGAACGUCAAAUCGAGCAGACAUUUUCCGAGCAAUUUCCGAACGAGCGUGAGCGCCGAACGGUAAGCGAUUUGAACGGGCGCUACCUUCACGGCAUACCUUGAUCCCCGUAAGCUAUAAUCACUCCAACUCGGUAUUAAGCGUUUUCAUGUUAGGGUUCCUGUUUUACAGUCAAGAAAUUACCUUUUUCGCUUCCACUUUCACCCACCGAACAUCCAAUCGGAUUUAGUUUAUACACAUACAGAAGUGAAUAAAAAUGUCAGCCAGGAAAGAGAGUCAUACCGAGUGAAUGGGAAAGCAAAAGCGCAAAUGGACAAAUAACGAAGUAGAAGCGUUGCAUGCAGGCGUUAAAAAGCAUGGCGCUGGCAAAUGGACACUUAUUCUCUCUGAUUCCCAGUUUGCUUCUUCAUUCGAUAAUCGAUCAAAUGUCGAUCUUAAGGACAAAUGGCGAAAUUUGACUCGGCGUGCAAUCCGGGAGCAGUCAAACAACAGAGAGAAAGUUACAAAUCCUAGAAGAUGUAAGCAUCCACCUCCACAUUCAAGUAAAAAAAGAAGAAGAAAAGUAGAUGAAGAAGAAGAACUUGUCGUCUUUAAAGAUUACCAUAAGCCACGCAUAACUACUCGUCUAAGAAGAGGGGCCCACCGCAACACAGUAAACCAAGCUAGGAAGUUGGACUCUAAGGAAGUCCAAAGUUACAUAGAGAAUUUAUGGCGUAGCUUUCCAGAAGAUAAAAAGAAUUCAUUUACACACCUUGAUCCAUUAUGGUAUACUUGGUAUUCAUGUGACUCCAACAAACAAAAGGUGCUGAGCUGGAUCAAGAAAAAGGACAUAUUUUCUAGAAAAUAUGUGAUUUUUCCCAUUGUGCAAUGGGGUCAUUGGUUUUUAUUGAUAUUCUGUCACUUUGGCGAAAGUUUAGGGUCAGAAUUGAGAACUCCAUGCAUCUUGUUGCUGGAUUCACUAGCAAAAGCUGACCACUCGAAACGACUUGAACCUGCUAUAAGAAAAUUUGUUUUGGACAUCUACAGUUAUUUUGAGAGGACAGAGGAUAAAAGUCUGGUCCGUAAAAUGCCGUUUUUGGUUCCUAAGGUUCCACAGCAGAGAGAUAACGCGGAAUGUGGUUUUUUGGUUCUUUACUAUAUAAAACUCUUUGUUGAGAGUGCUCCAGAAAGUUUUAGCAUAACAGAUGGAUACCCAUACUUCAUGAAGAAAGACUGGUUUAGUUACCAAGGAUUGGAUAGCUUUUGCAAAACUCUUGAUUUCACAUGUGUCGACCCGUGAGCUAUUAUGAACUACAGGCGUGUUGUUCGACCCGCUAGAAGGGUUCCAUGUCCAUGUAACCCUCUAGGUUAGUUAAGGUCUUAGGGACCAUGUGCAUUAUAAAAUUAAUUAAUGGUAUUUAUUUCGGUUGUUAUUAAGAAAUGAGAUGUUUAGCUUAAUUUUCAAAUAUAUAUACUUGUAUUUAUUUCAGUUCUUUUUAAGAAAUGAGAUGUUUAGUUUA